AUGUCCAUUUUGACAGCCAAGUGGUGGCCUCUCAUCUGGCUGCUAUGCAGGUAUGCAAAUGCAAUGGUAGCUGAUGCUAGUUGCGAGGAGUCCAAUUUCCUUGCUAUGCAGUUCCUGCAGAUGACAUCAUCCCUGAAUCCAGAGCCGCAUUCAUCGUUGAAGCCCUGGGACGUACAUUACUACAUAGGUGUUACAUACCACAAGUCUGGAACUCAUCUCAUGAUGCAAUUGUGGAAUCUGACAUUUGAUGCCCUUGGGGCAAAGCCAGCUGACAUGGGCCAAUGGAGCCAGCCCUGUUAUCCCAACUACUGUUACGCACCAGACGCACCAAUCCAACUCUGGUUAAACCUCUACUCGCCAGAAAAGGCGCAGGAAUCGCGCAGGGAUGCUGCCGACCGAGGCUUGCGAGGCCUGCGGGUCGCAGGAUUUGUCCGAGACCCUGUGUCCAUGAUCGUUUCUGCCUACUGCUACCAUCACCGGGGCGAGGAACCCUGGAACAUGGUGGAGAAUCCCCACAAUAUCCUAACACAGAUGGGCCCACGAGAGGGCCUCGCUUUUCUCGGUGAACGUAUGCUGCCCAAAGUCACGAAUAUGACGGAUGUCUUUGCGCACCCGGCCAACGACACUCUUCGCCUCGACUACGAGAAAACCACGGCUUCCUCUGAUGGUUUUGAUUCAGAGAUGGUCAAGCUGAUCGACUUCUUCUUUCAGGGCUUCAUUUCUGAUGAGGAGAAUGCUUUGGUCUUAAAUGCAACCCAGAUGGCAGACCUGAAUCGACAUCCUUUUCUGGAAACAGAGCAUUCCAAUGACGACGACUGCGAGGCGCGAACACGGGAGUAUGUGCCAACCAUGCCUGCGCAUCUCUUGGCGCAGUACCGUUCCUUCCAGCAGAGGCUAGGAUAUGCCCCAGCCUGA